GUCAUCAACAGGCGACACAUAUGUGUGUUCAUUUUUCUCCUUCUGCCCUAGCCAGCAACUUCUGGUGAUUAACCUCGUCUACAGACUCAGUCGAUUGUGAUCCCAGAUGACGCCUUGCACACGCACGACAGUGCUGUCGUUGUACAUGCGGGUGUUUCGCAUCGCCCGAACCUGGCAGGCACAGAGUGGCUGUGAGACAGAGACUGAGAGAAAAUACAUACUUCAGGAGGCUCGCUCUCUGUUCAGACAAAACCAGCAGCUCACAGACCAGGAGUCAAUAAAACGGUGUGUGGAAGAAUGUGAGGCGAGGAUAGAAAUAGGUCUACAUUACAGGAACCCAUAUCCAAGGGCUACCUACUUACCGCCAUUGGGCUUGGCAACUCAGAAGGGCAGGAGGCUGCGGGCACAGCAGCGCCUGAGGAAGCAGGCCAAGCCAAUUUACCUACAGUCUCAUGACGAGACCUGAUGUUCCGUUUCAGCGAUGUUCGCGAAGGGUUCAGGUUACCGAGGACAGGGAACAAGAGUGCAGUCACAGGUGCCAGCGCUCGGUGAAGCAGGAAUACCUGUCGUUCAGGAAAAAGGCCGUCUUUAUCAGCAUCAUUUAUCGCAGAAAAGGAGCGCCAUUGAGGCUGUCAGUGUGGUUUGACAUUGUUAUGUAAAGUUGAGUUUUAUUUAUUUUUCUGUGCAAAUUUUGUUAUGAAUAAAUUCUGAUUAAUCUGCA